AUGUUUUUAAGAGGUUUGGUAAACUCAGGAAGAAAUUCUCUAAGAAGAUACUGGGGCAAACCUAGUUCUAGACAAUUACAGAACUUUGAUAAGUUAAACGAUAUUACAGAAGUUAAGUCGGUUAAGAAUGAUACUAAUACUCAAUGCUCAUCCAUAUCAAGCUCUUCUUCGAGAGUAGAUCGUAUUUCAAAACCCAUUGUUUGGAUUGAUUGUGAAAUGACUGGGUUAGACCACACAAAGGACCAGAUCAUAGAAGUAUGUUGUAUAAUUACUGAUGGUAAUUUGAAUAUUCUGGAUAAAGAUCCAGUUGGAAAUAAAUGUUACGAAAGUGUUAUUCAUUGUGAUAAGGCUGUUAUGGAUAUGAUGGAUGAAUGGUGUAUUGAACAUCACGGUGCUAGUGGAUUAACUAAAAAGGUCAUCGAUAGCACAAAGACAAAAGAACAAGUUGAAAAGGAAUUAUUAGAUUAUAUUAAAAGGUUUAUCCCAGAAAAGAAUGUAGGUAUAUUAGCAGGUAAUUCUAUUCAUAUGGAUAGAUUGUUUAUGUUAAAGGAUUUUCCAAAAGUCAUCGAUCAUCUUUUUUAUAGAUUAAUUGACGUUAGCACAAUUAUGGAGGUCUCCAAAAGGCAUAAUCCUGAACUAGCAAGUGUUAUUCCAAGAAAAGAGGCUGCACAUACUGCAAAAAAAGAUAUUUUAGAAAGUAUUAGACAGUUAAAAUGGUACAUGGAUCAUUAUUUGAAAGCACCAAUAGAAACAUCACAAUUUGUUGAAAAAAGGAGAAAAGAGUUAGAUUUGGGUGAAGCUACUUUUAAUAAGCGUAAAUUGGAUCAAACUGACAGCGUUAAUGAAGAACCUGAAUCAAAAAAGAGCAAGAAUUAA